AGUCGAAGACCCCGAGCGGGCCCCAGCAGCCUCCAGCGCAACCCAAUCCAGCAAUCCCUUCCCCUCGCCUGUCGGCUUUCGCCGCCGCUUCGUCCGACCGCCUCAUCCCUCUUUUCCCUCCGCCUCCGCGUCCCCAAUCCUCCGCCGCCACCGUUGGCCUCUGCAGUUUUGGCUUUAAGCUACUCUGGGAUUCAAGAAGUCCGGAAACAUGAGCUGUUUCCAAGCUACAAUGCACAAACCUCAUGGCAUGCACACUGCAUACAGGCCAGUAGCUGGUCUUGGAAGGACCCACGUGCUGCUUGGUCGACAUUCUAUGUGCCCACAUUCAACCGGAUCUUGCAAACUGCAACAACAACUAUAUCCAAGGCUUGUUCUUGUUUCUGCUUGCUAUAAAAGGGUUGGUCCUGUAUAUGCCUCGAGUGGAAAAGAGAAUCCUGUCAAUGACCCUUUCUCAAUGGAAUCUUUGAACAAAGCUAUGGCUCAAGCAAAAAGACCAAAGUCCUUGCAAAACUUGUUGAGAGAGCAGAUGGAUAAGAUUCGAGGACAGGGAUCUGGUGGAAAUGGAGGAAACAAAAACCGAUUUGGAGGUAGUGGUGGUGGUUCUGAUGGCCCAGAGGAUGACUCUUUCAAGGAUUCGUUAUAUGAGAUGAUCCAGAUUUUGAUAGCAACUAUUGCCUUCAUACUUGUGUAUGUCCACAUAAUAAGAGGGGAGGAGUUGUACCGCCUUGCUAGGGACUACACCAGAUAUCUAGUGACCGGUAAGAGGACAGCUCGACUGAAACGUGCCAUGCUGAACUGGCGUGAUUUCUCCGAGCGCAUCACCAAGAAGGAUAGUGCACAGGAAGAGGACUACUACGGAAGAUCAAUCUCUUCUGAAUCCACAUGGUGGCAGCAGCCCAAACAGCUUGCUCGUCGUUUGGAGGACCUCUGCAGAGGCUAUUUGCGCCCUUACACCCAGGAGUCGUCGUAGAUCUGGUGCUACACUGUUUUGUCGGCCUCUGAAUUUUCUCAUUGUGGUGAUGCAUAGGUGUGUACUAGCUGCUUGAAAUUUGAGGGUAGCUUUGACGAUCUGCUUCCGUUGGUCGUUCUGGGCUACUGUCGACUGUUGUGGAAUACAUUCGCUGUCCGAGGUCAGUGUUAUAGCCUGUUAGGUUCAGAACGGAAUGCGGGGGGUAGUUCCUGUUCAAUUUUUGCAGUGCUAGUACUUUGCGAGACCCGGCUGCUAUGGUGGUCUGCCGGUCAAUUGUGUCAGUGAUAUGCUGGUGGCAAACUUGAAUGCUCCAUCUGACGAAUCAUAACUGCACAAGCGCCAAAUGAUGGUGUCUCGUAA